AAAAAUGUUGCCAUCGGUUGUGACCUUUUCGCGAAAAAAUUCCAAUGCAUCAACAAAAGCUGUGCAAAAAAUUGACAUUUGAAAAACAGCUGCAAUCUAGGCGGGGAAUUCGCGCCGCAUGCAAAAUACACGCCGUUCUCAAUUAAAUUAUCAGUUAAUUGUGUUUGUGUCGGUGUUAAAGUUAUUUUAAAGCAACUGAAGUGUAGGUAAAUUAAGCACCGAAAAUGUCGCAUGCAUUUCAAAAUUCGGAUUCUGUGAAACAAGCGCUCUUCGAAGAGUUGCAAAAUUUGCUUAGCUCGGAUACCGCUGUUUUACAGUCAGCUGAACAAAAAAUCAAGCAUCUAGCAUACACGGAAGGUUAUGGCGUUUAUUUAUCUGAGCUGAUUAUGAAUCAGUCCUUCGAUUUGCCAUUGCGGCAGAUUGCGUGUAUUAUGUUAACCCGAUAUGUUGAGUCUCAUUGGUGUGAUGGCGAUGAAAUUGCCUCAGAGCAAGCCAAACGUACUAUAAGAAAUAUCUUGCCAAAUGGCUUAUACGAUCCGAACUCAAAGAUACGUUCAUCGGUGGCACACACAAUUUCUGCAAUUGCAAUGACUGAUUGGCCAACUGUUUGGACAGAACUAUUUGAUAUUAUUAUUAAAUGUCUGGGUGGUAAUGAGGAUUCCAUACAUGGCGCAAUGCAAGUAUUACAAGAUUUUUCUUAUGAUGAAAAACAAGUAAAAGAAUUGGGACCUGUUGUUAUAUCUGAAGUAUACCGCAUUUUUGAAUCUGAGAAAAACUACAGCAUUAAAACUCGUACCUCCGCUAUAAGUAUUUUAAAAUCACUCUUCCUCUCCAUAAGCAUAAAUAUUGGCGAUAAAGACGAACAGGCUACAAUGAUGAACUCAAUUUUAAAUAAUUUCAUGGAAAAGUUAAUGCAUCAUUUGGCAAUGAAUGGUGGUUCCACUUCAAAUUUCUUGCUCAGAACGGAAAUAGUCAAAUUGCUAACAUUCUUGGUAACCGAGAUGCCAAAAUAUAUCCAGCCCUACAUGGACCGAAUUCUACCAAUUAUAUGGCAGCUACUUACGCAGGUCGCUGAUGUUUUUGUAAAAGUAACUGUGAACCAAAUCGAGCCCAGUCCAUUUCCAGCCUCAGAAACAGAGGACGAUGAUGAACUCACUAACUUUUCAACAAUGAUAAUACAAAUCUUCGAAUUUAUUCAAUGCAUUAUUUGCUCCGGAAAGUUCCGCGCCGUAAUCAAAAGUGUUUUGACCGACUUAAUUUAUAUUGUUAUUGUCUAUAUACAAGUACCGGAAGAGCAAAUCGAAGAUUGGAACGACGACCCUGAAAAAUUUGUAGAUGAUGAGGAAGAAGGUGGUGUCGAGUUGACUAUUCGGCUUUGUGGUCAAGAUGUUUUAAGUGCACUUUGUGAUGAACUCGGCGCAAAGGUAUUGCCCGCGCUGCAAGAAGCGCUAGGUCGUCACGUAAAUGUAGCAGAGGCUGAACGAACGGCUGGCAAUCCAAAUUGGUGGAAAAUACAGGAAGCUUGCAUGGUGGCAGUACAUAUAUAUCGAGCACUCAUACUUGAGACUGAGGGCCAAUUCGAUUUAUUAAAUUAUCUUACGCUUGUACGCAAUUUGUUGGACUAUCAAGACUCGGUUCAUUUAGUUGGGCGAGCGUUAUGGACAUUGAGCACUUAUUCAAAGUCAGAACUUUAUAAUCCACAGAUGUUGGAGGAAAUUUUAGUGGCAACGAUGCAAAAUUUGUCAACUGAGAAAUCUAUAAUAUUAAAGAUCAGUGCAGUCAGAGCUAUUCAUGGAUUUGUGCAAGCGCACGAAAAAUCAGAAGGUGAUAAACGUACACUAAUACAAGCGAAAUUACCUGGUUUUGUGGACGGAAUACUAAAUGUGAUGCCAGGAUGUAAAUCAUCGGUUUUAACGCUUCUUUUGGAGUGCUUAACAACAAUAAUAACGUUUGAUCCUUCAUUUGCUGCUCAAGCGCAAUCAAAACUAAUACCAUUAACAAUAGCUGUGUUCCUAAAAUAUCCCGAAGAUCCAUACAUUUUAGAAAUCGUACAAGAUCUAAUUAAAGCGCUGCUACAAAAUCCCAUGUGUUUGCAACCGUUACAGGAAAAAUUUAUACCAACUCUAGUUUCCAUACUCUCAUUGGAGGGGGAACAAGCGAAUACCGCCAAACAAGAUAUUGCUUUAGAUGUAUUGACCACAAUUGUGCGAUAUUCAAAUCCGCCAUUGUCAUCUGCACUGGUGGAUAGCGCAUUUCCCGCAAUGGUGCACUGCGUGCUGCGAUCCGACGAUAAUGCUGUAAUGGUAUCGGGCGGUGAGUGCUUGAGAGCAUUUAUAUUUGUUUCGCCCGAACAAAUUUGCUCUUAUAAAAAUGGAGAGGGUCUUAGCUAUAUAAUGCAGCUAACGACCAUGUUGUUAAAUCCAAUGAAUAACGAAAUGACUGCUGGUCAGGUUGAUCGUUUGAUUAUUACCAUCAUAACUAAAAUGGGUAAUAUGCUUGGUGAGAAUGUAGAUUUACUUUUGAAGGCUGUUAUAAGUAAAAUGCAAUUGGCUGAAUGCCUAAAGGUGGUUAUGAGUUUGGUGGUAAUAUUUGCACAUCUAUUUUUAACACAAAUGGAUGCGGUCUUGAAUUUCCUAUCAACUGUACCCGGACCUAGUGGUGAGCCAGCUAUGCAAUUUGUAUUUGGCAAUUGGUUAGCCAAGCAAACCUCAUUCUUUGGCACAUUUGAGCGAAAAGUGACAACAAUGGCGCUGUGUAAGCUCUUCGAAUAUGGUGUUACCACACAGGAUAGUCGACUUACUUCUAUCACUGUUAAAGAACAAGUUAUUGUUGAUACUAACAGUACACGCGUGAAAACACGUUCACAAGCGGCAGCUGCCCAACAAUGGGUUACCAUACCGGCAUUGGUGAAAAUUUUCAAAUUACUCGUCAAUGAGCUGGCUCAUUUGAAAGAAGCUAAUCUCGCCGAUUGCGAAGAUGAUUCAGAUGAUGAGGAUGAUUCGCCCGGCGUUGCGGUCGGUGAUAAACCAACUGGCAGCUCACCACCCAAACCACGUUUCAUAUCCGACCUGUAUUUCAAUGAGGAUGAAGAAGAUAUUAACGAUGAUGAUCAGCUAACGCAAGAACUUAUGAAAAAUCCUCUAUUCCAAACGAAUAUGGAAGAGAAUCUAACGAAAUUCUUACAAAACUUCUCCAGCAACGAGCACUUUGGCAUGUUUGUAAGCCAUUUAAACGAAGCAGAAAAGCUAGUGCUAAAGUCCAUACAAGUUGAUGUAGCCUAAUGAAAUAUGGCAAACCACAAUUUGUUGGCAUUCAUCACACGAAGUUAAGUAAAGGAAAUCAUAUAUAAACAUUUUGCAUAUUUUUAUACUAACGAUAAACAUGAAAAAUAAUAAAUAUGAAGAUAUAAAUAUCUGUAUGAACUGUUGUUAAAAGAAAUACUCAA